AUGAGUGGGGCUCAGGCCACGAAUGGUCAAAAUCGGCCGUCUGUCAGCCAGCUUUUCAAACGGACAGAGGUCAUAGGACGAGGUAAAUUUGGGGUCGUCUACAAGGGCUAUUACACCAAGACUCGCCAGGUGUGUGCGAUCAAAGUACUGAAUUUGGACUCUGCUGACGACGAGGUGGAGGACGUGCAGAAAGAAAUCCAAUUUUUGUCUUCGCUGAAAAGUGUACCGAACAUUACGCACUACUAUGGAUCAUAUCUGAACGAUACCAAACUGUGGGUUAUCAUGGAGCAUUGUGCCGGUGGGUCGUUGAGAACGCUGCUGCGACCGGGAAAAAUCGGUGAGCAGUAUAUAGGAGUGAUCAUGCGGGAGAUUUUGACAGCUUUGAUGCAUAUUCAUCGGGAUGGUGUCAUACAUCGUGACAUCAAAGCCGCCAACAUUCUAAUAACAAACGAUGGACACGUCAAACUCUGCGAUUUCGGUGUGGCAGCACAGCUGUCGCAAACUAAAAUCAGACGCCAGACAAUGGCGGGCACGCCGUACUGGAUGGCGCCAGAGGUCAUCAUGGAGGGUGUGUACUACGACACGAAAGUUGACAUAUGGUCGUUGGGUAUCACGAUAUAUGAAAUCGCCACGGGAAAUCCCCCGUACUGCGACGUCGAGGCGCUGCGAGCUAUGCAGCUUAUUACCAAGUCCAAGCCGCCUCGACUGGAAGGACGUCAAUAUUCAAGUUCGUUAAAAGAGGUCAUCGCGCUGUGUCUCGACGAAGAUCCAAAAGAAAGACCGUCUGCAGAAGAGCUUUUGAAAACGAAGUUCAUCAAGCUGUAUAAGAACUUGCCAGUGUCUAUCUUGAAAGAGCUGAUUAGUCGGUAUCUCCUUCACCGUGAACAACAACCCCAACGUGAGUCCGCUUCCAUGUCUUUAGAUGACGACAACUCUAGCAAAUCAGACGCUUCCCCGUCUGAACAUAACUUGGACGUGAAAUGGGACUUUGAUUCCUUGAGCUCCAACGAAUACAUUAUCGAAAACGACAUCAACAUAGAUGCCAUUCCAAAAGAAUCUGCAACUAACGAGCACUUCAACUUCGCAUAUCCCGAAGACGACCUAUUCUAUCACACAAAUAAAAGACACUUUCAGAAUACCACGAUGGGCAAAGCGACACCCAAUGUUGCGACGAACAACUUCACCUUACAGGCAACUAAUAAUCAUAACAAUAACACCACUUAUCAGAACAUCACAAACACCAAAUAUCAUAGCAAACAGAGUCAGGUCAACACAAGCAAGAAGUCCGAAACAAAGGCUUCUAAAGCAUUGCUGCAACUGUUUGAAGAUAAUGAGGAUACCGCAGCGGAAUCUGAGUACUCAAGGACGGGUGGAUCGAUGUCCGUUAAGUCACAGGAGGAUAGUCAAAGAAUUACCAAUCAGCCGCCAGAGCGUGCUCCACUUUCCGAUGCAAUCAAGGCUCCUAUUUACCAGAGCCAGAGCACACCGGUCUUGCCCAUGUUGCAGACAGCGUUCAAUCAAGCCGUUGCCAUGGGGCACCAAAGCUCCACGGCUUUACCCACUCCAAUAGAAAUCGAGAUUCCAGAAGAACUGCCGUCUAGUCAGGAAGGAGCCGGCACCGCCGUCACAAAGCCCAGGUCGUCGACUGUUUCAAUUCCCUCGAACAAACAAGCUUCUGUCCUACAAAGAAGGCCCACUGUUUCUGGGAGUAGCAUGGGACGUGACCCUUCGAGUACGGGUUUGAAAUCAGCACACGAUGAUAAACAGCGACCACUCGCUGCGGUAUCAAACGGAGUUAUCAGCAAGCCCAUCGCCCGGAGUGCAUCGCCCUUAAAAGGUAUGGAAGGCUCCCCAGGCAAACCUGGCUCUGCAACAGGGGCUACUGGUGUUGUUCCUUUGGCAAUGAAGCCUGUUGCACCCGAUAAAUCAGACGUUCUGUUGAAACCCAUGAAUGGAGAUGAUACCGAGGCUGGACGAACCAGAAUAAACCGAGACUUCACGCGUCGAAACCCGAAUUUGAAACUACAGAUGCCCUCACCCACGUCUGCACUUCCAAACCCAUUGCUGGAAAACGUUACUGGUGCAUUUGUGAACUCCGAGGACGCCAAUAUCAAUCAGUUCGGUUUCAACCCCAGCUCCACGCUGCCUGUGGCGAUGACGCCAGUUGUUGAGAGAGGCAAUGAUUUGCUGAAGCGAAAAGUGAGCACUACAGGAAGCACUACGUCUGGCAGCCGAAACAACAGCAUAACGCAGGAGGCCACUGCAAAUACGAGUACAUCUGCAAACGCUCCUGUUACCACUUUGGGAGGUGCAAAUAACGGCAAUUUGUCAAACGCGACCCCGGCCGCCGUCAACGGCACCUCAAUGCUUUCAGGAGCGAAUUCGAAUGCAAAUGCACCGUCCGGCAGCAUACCAAUGAUGGAGAGACCGCCAAAGUCUCUACAAAUGGACAUGUUCGUGGACUUCCCAGACGAUGCUACGGGAGAAAUUUCAAGUGACCACGAUCACGACCGCAAAUUUCUAGUUUUGCGAGAGCUGGACUCUCUACUACAAACAAUCGAAGACGGGCUACCUGCGAUGGAGUAUGCCUUGAAAGAAGUGUUGAGCAAGACAGACGAGUCCAAGUAA